AUGCCGGAAGAUGUUAUGGUCCCCGCUGGGUCUUACAAGGUGACCAAGCAGUUCCGAAGUGAAAACACUGUUCGGAGCAAGAGGGACAUGCCUUGGUCGAGAAAAGUUCUCGAUCUGGAAAAGAAGAGCCUGUUUGGAAGGACGGCUUGGGCCUGGAUCCGGAUUUUCUUGUACUUUUUGGUCUUCUAUUUGUUCCUAUACGGGUUUUACUUUAUAUGGCGGACAAUUAUAUCAAGUAUCUUCAUGUUUAAAGACAGACCACGCUGGUUCAAGGGUGCGCCAGGCUUAUCCGUGUUUCCCACUAACGAGACCACUAUUUCGUACUACCAGCACUUAAUGUCGGACGUUUAUCCGCUGGCAGACAGUAUCGACGAUCACAUGUCCAAACUCAAAGACAACGCCGAGGACUAUUUCGAAGAAUGCAAUAACGACAAGUUGUGGGGAUAUCCGUCGGGCAAGCCCUGUUUAUUCGUUAAACUGAACUAUGUGAUGGGUUUCAUUCCGGAUACGUAUGACACUCCCGGCAGUCUGCCCGUUAAAGCUCCCGAAGAGCUGUCGGAUCUUAUAAGAAAAUAUGGCGGCGCCCCUAAGAUCUGGCUCACGUGUAAGGUCAUCCAAGGGCCAAGUCCUAAAAUUGAAUAUAUCCCUGGGCCGUACUACACUGUUACCGGUGAAAUGAAGGGUACUGCUAGAAUAGUUGCCGUCCAGCUGAAUGAAUUGAAACCAAAUUCAAAAACUUUCAUUAGGUGCACGGCUUGGGCAAAAAACAUUCCGAUCAACCACGAGUUCAAUGGUGUGGGUCAUGUCAAAUUCUCAAUUGAAAUGCUUACAAAGACCGGCGAGAAACACGAAGCUGAUACCUGGCGAACCACCGUUCCUCCUUACAAGCCCGAUCCUGGCACUAAACCCGUUGAGCGACCCGAGAUUAACGAUUUAUUGGACAAGCAAGCUCUACCAAUGGUAGAAGGAGAAGUGGAUGUACCUCCCUUGCCACCGCUGGAACCUUCGGUAGGGAAUCCCCACGAUGGCCCACCAAAGGAGCCUCCCAGUGUAUAA